AUGUCUCAAGAGUCUAGUGGGGAGUCUUCGCAGUCCUGGUAUCGUCACUUCCACCCGCCUCCGCCUCCCCCUCCAGAAGUUGCACGCUCCCGGUCCGCCCAAUUGCCACCCAUACGAUAUCCCCGUGAUGGCUUUGACUUCCGACGACCAGCUGGCACCCCAAAUCAAGAAGACCAUAUCAUAGAUUUGACAAAUGAACCCGAAACACCACCUCAACCGACCCAUUCUCAUAUAACAGAUCCUCAAUCAUCUUAUUCGGCAAGGGCGCCCCGGUUCGGCAGGCCCAUUUUAACGCAAGACGUGGUGGACUUGGAGGAACUGGAUGACCCUGUAGAGGGGUUAUCUAGUAGCCCGGAAGUCCAGUUUGUCAGUGCCUCAAUACGCCAACAGCCCUUACCACGGCCACGUCCUAUGCAUGACACUAGGUUCCAAACAGCAUUCUUUGAAGCCUCCCGGGGUCGCCACCCACCCAGCCGGACCCGACCAUUUCCCCAGGGAAUGUCUCUGCCAUCGAUGCUAGCUACUUUCCGCCCACCUAUGGGCACACGUGGUAUGCCGCAGGACAUAGAGACAUUAUUCUUAGGGCACGAUGCUCUAGGCCAGAGCCCCAUCGACGAGGGUCUAGUCUUCGACUAUGGACUUGCUGCCUUUGAUAUGGAACAGCCCGCCGAAAGACCUGAAGAUACACGCCGCGAAACGUACAAAGCACUUAGUCCUCCGCCUGAAGGAUUUACCCGUACAUUGGGAGAUGAAGAUGUCGCAAUUUGCCCCAACUGCGAAUGUGAAUUGGGGAUUGGAGAAGGGAAAAAGCAAGAGAUUUGGGUAGCUAAAACAUGCGGACACGUUUAUUGUGGCGAAUGCGCAGAGAAUCGUUCCAAGUCUAAAUCUCGCAAGAUUAACACAUCUCAAAAGACGAAACCUUUCUCUAAAUGCCAAGUUGAUGCCUGCGGUAAGCAGGUCAGUGCGCCAACGGCUAUGUUCCAUCUAUAUCUUUGA